AUGAACCAUAGCACUGUGACUGAGUUCAUAAUUCUAGGCCUCACCGGAAAUCCAGAAAUCCAGGGAUUUCUCUUUGUUACCUUUCUUUGCAUAUACCUUGUGGCUUUCCUUGGAAAUAUGCUCAUUGUUAUUGCCAUAAUUUAUAACACCACUUUGCAUAGCCCUAUGUACGUUCUUCUUCUGGCAUUAGCUAUUGUAGACAUUAUCUGUACAACGAGCAUUAUACCCAACAUGCUGUGGACUAUGCUUACACCAGAGAAGACCAUCUCAUAUGGGGGUUGCAUAUCUCAGCUCUUCUUCUUCACAUGGUCUCUUGGGGCAGAGAUCGUUCUCUUUACCACCAUGGCUUAUGACCGCUACGUGGCCAUCUGCUUCCCUCUUCACUACAGUACUAUUAUGAAUCACCGUAUGUGUAAGACUUUGCUCAGUAUUGUCAUGGGAAUCGCAGUAACUAAUUCCUGGGUGCACACUGCUCUUAUUCUGAAACUCAACUUCUGUGGACCCAAUAUCAUUGAUCACUUUUUCUGUGAGAUUCCUCCACUGCUUGCUUUGUCUUGCAGUCCUGUGAAAAUCAAUGAAAUUAUGGUGUAUGUUGCUGACAUUUUCCUGGCCAUAGGUGACUUCACUCUCACGUGUAUUUCCUAUGGCUUUAUCAUUGCUGCUAUUCUACGAAUCCGUACCACAGAAGGCAAAAAGAAAGCGUUUUCAACAUGCUCAUCCCACCUCAUUGUGGUUUCCCUGUACUAUUCCCCUGUCAUUUACACCUAUAUUCGCCCUGCUUCUAGCUACACAUUUGACAAGGACAAAGUAGUAGCGGUGCUCUAUACUCUUGUGACUCCCAUGUUAAAUCCGAUUGUGUAUAGCUUCCGAAAUAAGGAGAUGCAGUUAGGAAUUAGGAGAGUGUUUGCUUCUCUGAAACAUUAG